AUGGAUUUAAACUCUCCACCUCAAAACAUUUCUUCUCGUAAUUUAUACAGUCGGUCGAGUCAUCGCUACCAAUCUUCAAUCGCGUCCAACGCAUCUGCAUCUUCCACUUCAUCCAAGAAGUCAAUAUUGAAGCGACUAUUCCCUGCCCAUUGGUUUCAUAAAAAGGAGUUUAUUCCACCAUCGAGUUUAGAAUCUAUAAAUGAGGAUAAUUCCGCAACCCGUUCGAAAGAGGAUACUGACUCUGAAUCGAAUUUGUCGCGUUCUCAGUCAGUCCUUGGAUUUAACUCUUUGUUGGCGAGAAGAAAAACAAAAAAAAAUUCAAAAUCGAGAAAAUCACCUCCCUACGAAGUUUCUACGAAUGUUCCAGACUUCCAACAUGCUCCUUUAAGUGAACCUGUUCGUCCUAGCACUUCUCUUUCUUUUUUUGAAGAUGUAUCCUUUGGCCCUCCGUUUAGCGCCGAUCUAAUACUUUCCAGUUUACCAUCUUCAUCGCAAAAUAGCCCUCUUGUUAAAUCAUCACCAGCGUCACCGUAUGUUAAUGACUCCUCAGUAGAGGCAAACCAAUAUGAUUUUUGUGAACGCAACGAUGAAAACUAUCAGACUCCCAAUUCGAGUUUCAAUUUCAACGAUUAUGUUUCUGAAAGUCAGACAAGCCCAAUAACUACCAAGCCUUGGCCAGGUUACAAAUAUAUAGGAGCAAAUGACGAAAAUGCACAUAGAUUUACUCCCGCUGGUGGUGCUCUACAAGACAAAACUAAUACAACUUUGGAUGAAUCUACGAGACCCCUGAAUUUGAAAAAUGAGACAUCUUCGCAUUCCGUCCAUGCAAGUUCGUUGGAAAAUCGUACGUGUGAUCCAAGAUUAGCUGCUACGAAUAUAUUCAAUAAUACCGGGAAAAUAGUUCCAAAUGAGGAUGCUCUUUCCUUUCUAACACAGGACGAUGAUUAUCACAAAAAGGUGCUUGAGAUUUACGUAUCUCUUUAUGAUUUUGGAAACACCGCUAUUUUACAGUCUUUGCGCAUUUUCUGCGGUAAUUUAUUUAUUAAAGGCGAAACGCAAAAAGUGGAUUAUCUUUUGGAAGCAUUUUCUAGUCGAUGGUGUCAAACCAAUCCGAAAAAGGCAUUUUGUACAAAGGAGAUAGUUCACUCUGUUGCCUUUUCAUUGCUACUAUUAAACACGGAUUUGCAUAUAGCAAACAUUGCUUCUUCGCAAAAGAUGACUCGCUCGCAGUUCGUAUCUAAUACCCUUUCCGAUAUUUUACAAGCCCUCGAAGCUUCUUUUAGUACUUCAGAAGACAAGUAUCAAUUUCUGCAAAGUUCUUUUGCUUUUCAAACUUCCAACCCUAAUGAUGGGUCGGCGGCUAUCAGCUCCUUAUCGGAUAAUCUUUCAAAAACAAAAGGUGGUCUUACGAAGAACCAUGAGAAGAAAUACUCAAAACUCAGAGAUCUGGAGACCGCCUUUGUUAAUCACUGGUCUUUGACGCUAAAGGAAAUGUAUCAAUCCAUCAAGGCUUCUUCUAUACUACAGCCCUACCGUUAUUUGCAUAAAAAAUCCAACUCUCAACAGCAGAUAGCUGACGACAUUUUUGCGCAUGCAAAGAAUCUCUCAGUGUCUGACAAUAUAUCUUUAAAUAGUAAGAAAAGUGAAUCCAACGAUAAGUCUGAAGAUACCAUCACGCGACCUUCAUCAUCCCUCCUUUUUGAAUACAACAAUGACGGUGUUUUGUUAUUUCACAAUAGGUUUGAGAAAGCUAUGCGUCACCAAUUUCCAGAUGCCAAGAGAUCCAAAUCUGCUAUGGGCUACUUUCAAGCGAGUUGCCCUUCGCCCGAUCUACCAGGUGUUAUUAUUGCUUUAAAAAAUCACGAGCACACCCCACCGUUUUAUCUUCCUCCCCACAGCAAGUAUGGUAUUUUAAGGUACUUGAUUCGAUACAAUGGGAAGCUGAGGAAAAAGGAUGCGUGGAUGACUACUCUUUCUAUCCUCGAAAAAGAUAUACUGUCUCUGUAUAGUCUAGAGGGAGACUUUGAUGGGGAUUUGCACGAUUUAGACAUUUCUAAAAUCGGAAAUCCCAUCUUAAAAACUUCGAUCAUGGGUUCAGUAGCACAUCUUAUGGAUUUAGACAAAACGAGUUUUAGAAGACCAUCAACUUCUUUUUUUUAUUUGGAAACCCAUUCCAGAAAACGUUUGCAAUUUGCUGUUUCAAGGCUAGGAGAAGCGCAAGGUUGGAUAGAAGCUUUAAACUACUGGGCAGCUCGUACGUCUCGAAUUCCUUUGCUUGGAAGUGUAUCGAACGUGGACUAUGGAUGGUCACUGUGCACCGGAAACCACAUUUCUAGUGGGAAGGACGCUAAAGCAUCCAGUCAUAAAGAAGGAAAAUACCCCAAAUUAUCUCUAAAGGUAUGGGAGCCUGAACCUAUAAGUGGCAUUCCAAGUGAGCUUUCCAUUAUCAAACAAUACAGUUCACUUAAAGCUUUUUCGAAAUCUUUGUCUGAGGCCUUAAAAAGGCAUGAAGCUAUUCACUUAGAGAUGUUGGUUAUUUUAUCCAGCCAGAAUAAAAAUACAUUCCGUCGUGGAGUUGAAAAUUGGAAAGCUCGCAUGGGGUAUUUAAAAUCAACUAUGUUCAAAGUGAAACUUUAUAUUUCUGUGCUCAAGAAGUAUAAAAAGCUUGCUGAGGAUUAG